UUUCUGUGUAAAUUCUUCUGCUGCUAGAGCAAGGUCGAACGCGCCUGAUGCUUGACUCUUCCCCGUUACCGUACCUAGGAUACUGUGUAGAGUCUUCCGAGAUCAGCAUAGCCGCGUGAAUACUCUUGGCAUUGGAGCAACGUGUAGCUGUGCACGAAACGGUCUCACUUCUAGCACAAACAAACACUUUCAGCGCGUCGUUUGUCAUGCGAUUCUGGAUACUAUAAGUCCUGCGACACUUUCAGUCCGCCAUCCGGCCUGUCCUUCAGCUUCUCAGCGACCGUCCUCUGAACGAAGCUCUGUUUCGACUUCCCAAAACAAGAGCCCUCUCGCAAUUGUCGCCCGACAACUAGCAAGAUGGGGUCGUUGGGGUCAUACUUCCUCGAUGCAUUCUAUUCAUUAACCAACUGCAUGGUGUGCUUCCCGGGGCAGCCGCAGCUCAAAGUCAACAGCCGGAGCUUCAAAAUCCUCCGGCUACUGGGCGAGGGCGGUUUCUCAUACGUCUACCUCGUACAAGACAUCUCUACACAAGAGCUCUUCGCCCUCAAAAAGAUCCGAUGUCCAUUCGGUCAGGAAUCCGUCUCCCUCGCCCUCAAAGAAGUCGAGGCCUACAGCCUCUUCGCUCCGCACCCGAACAUCAUCCACUCGAUUGAUUACUCCGUGGCGUCAGAUCGGUCGGAUCCGAGCGCUAAGACGGUGUAUAUCCUGUUGCCGUACUACCGGCGAGGAAAUCUCCAGGACAUGAUCAAUGCGAAUCUGGUGAACCACACAAAGUUCCCGGAGAAGAGGCUCAUGGUCUUGUUUCUUGGGGUGUGUCGGGCGCUGAAAACUAUGCAUCAGUAUAAAGUCAGGGGUCCGCCCGGCGGAGCAGCGAGUCGGGGGAACGCGAAGAAAGUCAGGAAGGAAGCUGCAAGAGCAGAUGCAGAGGCCGCGGGGGCGAUGGAGAUGCGCGCGUCAAGGAGACAUAGGGAGGGCGACGACGACGAGGAGAUGGAAGCGGAACCGCUUAUGGAGGCGGAAGUAACCCUGGCGCAGGAGGGCAUAUCGCCCGGCGGGGAGAGAGCAUAUGCGCAUAGAGAUAUCAAACCUGGAAACAUCAUGAUAGCAGACGACGGCAAAACCCCUAUCCUCAUGGACCUCGGAUCCAUCGCUCCCUCACCCACACCAGUAACGUCCCGCUCCCUCGCCCUCCAAAUUCAAGACACCGCCGCCGAGCACUCCACCAUGCCCUACCGCGCCCCCGAACUCUUCGACGUCAAAACCGGCUCCGUGAUCGACACCAAAGUCGACAUCUGGUCACUAGGCUGCACAUUGUACGCCUGCCUCGUGGGCAAGAGUCCCUUCGAAGCCCGCAGCGACGAGACGGGCGGAAGUCUGAGUAUGUGCGUCCUCGGCGGCGAUUGGAGGUUCCCAGACGAGGGACCCCGGCGUGGGAAGCAGCCGGUGGAGGCGACGAUCAGUGAGCCGGUCAAGGAGGUGGUGAGGAGAUGUUUGAAGGUUGAGCCGAGUGAGAGGCCGGACGUGGAUGAAUUGAUCACAAUGGUGAUGGAGGUGUUGAGCGGCAUGCCGGAGGAUGGGGUAGAGGAGUAGGGGAGUAAUGUGUUGUCAUGUUGCAUUCGCUUUGAUCCGGUUUUGUAGCACUAUUUUCGAGAGCGGCUUUCCUAUGCGGCUCUCAGCGGGAGUUUUGGGAUGUACACCUUGGAAUGCUGUGCGAUAACACCGCCAAUAUAUACCCACUGUUGCCUGGUAAAAUUAUGAUG